AAGAAAGAAAAAAAAAAUAUCACGAGUCGGACAACGGGGCAAUAACAAAAUAGAAUAUCUUAUCUUGCACCUUAGCAACUGGUGAAUUUCUUUACAGCAAGUCCGUUUCAGGUCUUAUUUAAAACAGGAAAAAAGAAAAAAAAUUCCCACCCCUCCCCGCCCCCAGCAACAAUGGCCGAUCUCCCGGGCCACUUCGACCGCCCCGUUCAUAUUGCCGUCAUUGGUGGCACUGGACUCGGCAAGAUCGACGGUUAUACUCCCGUGGCGGCCAUCAACCCGGAAACACCCUGGGGUCUCCCGUCUUCGCCGAUCCAGAUCCUCGAGCACAACGGGGUCCCCAUCGCAUUCCUCGCGCGCCAUGGUCUGCACCACCAGUUCGCCCCGCACGAGGUCCCCGCGCGCGCCAACAUCGCCGCGCUAAGGCACAUCGGCGUGCGCACCAUCAUCGCCUUCUCGGCCGUCGGCUCUCUCCAGGAGGAGAUCAAGCCGCAGGACUUCGUCGUGCCGGACCAGGUCAUCGACCGAACCAAGGGCGUCCGCCCUUUUACCUUCUUCGAGGGCGGCGUCGUCGGCCACGUCGGCUUCGCGGACCCGUUCGACGGCGGCCUGGCCGACAUUGUCCGCUCGUGCGCCUCCCACAUGGACGGCGAGGGCGUGGUCCUCCACCCCAAGGGCACCAUCAUCUGCAUGGAAGGGCCGCAGUUCUCCACCCGCGCCGAGUCCAACAUGUACCGCAGCUGGGGCGGCUCCGUCAUCAACAUGUCCGUCCUUCCCGAGGCCAAGCUCGCCCGCGAGGCGGAGAUCGCCUACCAGAUGAUCUGCAUGUCUACCGACUACGACUGCUGGCAUAGCUCCGAGGAUGUCGAUGUCGCCAUGGUCAUCCGCAACAUGGAGGCGAAUGGUCGCAACGCGAAGCGCCUUGUUGGUGCUGUCCUUGAUCAACUGUCCAAACAGGAACAUAGCAACCUCGUCCUCGCCAAGCAUUGGGAGGGCGCUUCCUCCGGCGCUGUCAAGUUCAUGACCAAGCCUGCUGGACGGAACCCUGAGGCUAUGCAGAAGGUCGAGUAUUUGUUCCCGGGCUUCUGGAAGGACUAGAUAGACGCAUUGUAUUAUUUUGUCAGAGCGGGGAUAAUGUUCAAAAAGCAUGGCGAUGAAAAGGGGGAAGAUCUCAGAGUUGAGCAUGGCGGAGCGCUGGACCUUUCCUUGGGGCGACAUAUCGUUUUUCCAGUUUACACACCUAGACAUAAGGCUUAUAUAUACAUCACCUGUUCAGGUGUGCCGUGCAAAGUAUAUAGAAGAGGCUUAGCUUAGAGCGGACUUGAAAAAGAAUAUAUGAAUACUUGACGAUAUGGC